AAGAAAAUCACUUUGUAAAGGUAAAUGAAACGUCUGCCAGAGUGUAAAAGAAAUGGAGUCCUAUGAUGUUAUCGCCAACCAGCCCGUUGUCAUAGACAAUGGGUCUGGUGUGAUAAAAGCUGGCUUUGCUGGGGACCAGGUUCCAAAGCAUCACUUUCCAAACUUUAUUGGGCGACCCAAACAUGUGCGUGUUAUGGCUGGAGCUUUGGAAGGAGAUAUUUUUCUUGGACCAAAAGCUGAGGAACACAGAGGACUGCUGACCAUCCGUUACCCCAUGGAGCAUGGCAUAGUGAGGGACUGGAACGACAUGGAGAGGAUAUGGCAAUAUAUCUACUCCAAAGAUCAGCUGCACACAUUUGCUGAAGAGCAUCCAGUGUUGUUGACAGAGGCUCCACUUAAUCCCAGAAGAAACAGAGAAAAAGCUGCAGAAAUAUUUUUUGAGACCUUCAAUGUUCCAGCUUUAUUUAUAUCCAUGCAGGCGGUAUUGAGUUUGUAUGCAACAGGUCGCACAACAGGAGUAGUGUUAGAUUCUGGCGACGGGGUGACCCAUGCCGUACCCAUUUAUGAGGGCUUUGCCAUGCCACACAGCAUCAUGAGGACAGACAUAGCUGGCCGGGAUGUGUCGCGCUACCUCCGAUUACUUCUGAGGAAGGAGGGACACAGCUUCCACACCUCUGCAGAGUUUGAGAUUGUCAGAAUGAUCAAGGAGAGAGCCUGCUACUUGUCACAAAACCCAUUGAAGGAGGAAAGUAUGGAAACGGAAAAGGCACAGUAUUCCCUCCCUGACGGUAGUACACUAGAGCUUGGACCAGCAAAAUAUCGAGCCCCAGAGCUGUUGUUUAGACCUGACCUCAUUGGAGAGGAAAGUGAAGGCAUCCAUGAAGUUUUAGGCUACUCUAUCCAGAAGUCAGAUGUUGACCUGCGGCGUACUCUGUUUAACAAUGUAGUUCUCUCAGGAGGGUCCACGUUAUUUAAAGGUUUUGGAGAUAGAUUGAUAAGUGAAAUGAGGAAAUUAGCUCCUAAGGACAUAAAAAUCAGGAUAUCUGCACCUCAAGAAAGAUUGUACUCAACAUGGAUUGGUGGUUCAAUUUUGGCAUCACUUGACACGUUUAAGAAGAUGUGGGUCUCCAAGCGAGAGUAUGAUGAAGAUGGGGUGAAGGCAGUACAUAGGAAGACAUUUUAGCGCAUUGCUUACUGGUAUUAUUAUAUAAUUUGGCUGUAACUCUCCCCUGACAUCUAUGGCUGUUGGGCCGCAGUGAAGAUGGGUCGAAUCAGCAGGCUGGGCUGUACUGGACUUAAUAGAAGCAGAACAAAGAACAUUGUUUGGACAAUGGAAAAGCGUUUUCUUUAUUGAAUUUCUUGAGUGCUGGGGUUGUCCCUGAAAUCAACAGGGGACAGAUUUCUCUUGUAAAUCUUGUAUAGCUUAUUUAUUGUUGAGUUUUUAUAUCCAUGUGGUCAGCAGAAAUUGAGAAGCAUACAUUAUCAUGUUUGUCAUUUCCUCGAUAUUCCAUCAGUGACUUGCACCUUGCCUACACUUACGUUGAAUUCCAGUCAGAACUCAUGUCAUUCGAUUCCAUCUCAUUUCCCUCUUCUAGGUCGUUCUUCCCCAGAGAGCACUCACAUGUUUUUAUUAGUGUUGAUACUUGUGCUGUUUCUCUGUUUCAUGCAUUAUAUAUUAUGCCUUGUAGCAUUUCACUUUAAGCAUAUUUUUGGGUACAAGGAUUCAGAAAUCUUUAAAUUAUUGUAGCUUGUACUUAGAUAUAAUUACACCACAAUUGUUACUUAUUAUAUUUAGUAAUGAAGUGGUAAACAAAUUUCCUUGUUUUGCUGGAUUUUGCCUGCUAGUCAACUCUUUGGUAGGACAUGUUUGUAGGAUCUGCCAUUUUAUACACCACUGUGCAAUUGAGGCUUUGUUUGGCAGUAUAUGACACAUAACCAGUCCUGUAUUUCACCUAAAAUUUGGUGUAUAAAAAUGCUCUUUCAGAAGCAUAUGAAGACCUUAAAAUGAUACUUUUGAUGACAGAACUUAAUUUUUUCUUAUAAGGAAUUCAUCAAACUUCAGACAAAAACUCCUACGUGGCCCUCUAAGGUAGAUGAAUAUGUCAAAGUCAUGGAAAAUGUGUUGCUUUAAAAAUGCUAAACUUCAGGUGAAAAACAGUAUUUAAAAGUUGUUUACCAUGCAAGCUCCUCUGGCAGCGGCUAUUACCUAUAUAAGUCUUCCAGGCUUAUAUAAAAUAAGAAUGAUAUAAGUAAUAACCGCAGCGCGAGGAGCAUAUUGAUGAUGAUAAAUUUGGCUAAUUACCCAAGAUCUGUGGGAUUACCUCAAUCUUGUUUAUGUAAGCAAGCAGGCUAUUUUGUAGAGAAAGUCAAGGGGUUAGCAGAAACUUUGUUCAAAUAGGAUUGUUGAUUUCUUUAACAUUAAGAAUGGAGCUGAAGAUAAUUACAGUGUCAAAGAUCGAUGUACUGCACAUGAUGUGUACAUACAAUGUACAUCUGCUAGAUAAGAUUGAUUUUUAAAACUGGUGUCAAGAUAGCUACCAGACUAAGCAAACGGGAAUCCAACAACAAAAUUCCAGGUGAGAGUUACUGAACAUACUAAUGGCUGAUAUUUUUCUCUGUGUUACCUACUGCCUAAUGGCAACCUCAAGAAUUGUUCAUAGCCUUGUGAAUGGAACAGCACCUUUGG